AUGACUAGUCUGCAUUUUGGGAGUUUGUUCCUAUUACUUGCCUUCAUUGCUCAAACACAAGCACUAUACUUUUAUCUUGAAGGUUCAGAAAAGAAAUGUUUUGUUGAAGACUUACCAAAAGAAACCAUGGUGAUUGGUAUUUACAAGUCUGAGCAAUUCUCUACUUCAGAGAAUAAAUGGGUGGAGAAUCCCGAUCUCAAGAUUCAAAUUACAGUCGAAGAACUUCCUCAAGGUCAUAAAAUUGUAGAUACUAAAAGUAAAUCUUCGGGUCGCUUUACUUUCACAUCUCUUGAGUCUGGUGAUCAUUCCAUCUGCCUUUCUGCUGCCUCAAACUCAUGGUUUGAUAACUCGAAAACUAAAAUGACACUUGAUAUGGAUUUUGAUGACCCAACUGACCACCACGAUCACAAUGCAGAAGGAGUUUCCGGUGAGUGCGGCAUAUAUUGA